CCAGCAAACCCACUCAAAAGUCGAUUCGAACAGUGCCAAACCAGCAGAAAAUACUCAUCCCAUCUAGUCACAAUGAAGGUGCUCUUCGCCGUAGUGCUUUUGGUCGCCGCCGUGUCCUGCGCUCCCCAGGAUUCAACCCCGAUUCCAAUUGUGGCGCAGAGCUCCAACCUGAAUCCGGACGGCAGCUUUGCGUACUCGUACGAGUCGGGUAACGGCAUCAAGGUGGAAGACCAGGGAGAAGUGAAGGCCGUUGAGGUCCCGAAGGAGGAUGGCUCCGGCACCGAGCAGGUUCAGGCUACCGUACAGAAGGGAAGCUUCUCGUACAACGCCCCGGACGGAACGCCAAUCAACCUGCAGUGGACUGCCGACGAGAAUGGAUUCCACGCCACCGGCGAUCAUCUGCCGGUUGCACCGGUACCGAAUGCUUAGGUUAGUUGAUUGAUUGGUAUUCCUAGUAGGUUUGAAAUGUAAAUGUUUUCGGAUGUUUUCUAAAUUGUUUCGAUGAAUAAAUAUUGUAUCGUUUUGAUAGUAUGAUUUUUUAACGAAAUGAGAUGGUAUCCAUUCACAGACCAAAUUAAUUUGGUAAUUGUAGUGAACAAAACUUGUUCGGUGACUUUACUCGGGUGGAGCAAAAAUACAUAAGAAAAAUAAGUUUUAUUAUAUCCUAUUUAUACAUCAUUUUCGAAUAUUUGUGUUUGUUUGUUUCGAAUAAGAGUUGAAAUUUUGAUAAUAAAAAUGUGCUUGGAAAUA